AUGCCUGAAGCUACCAACCAUGUUGAUGAUGGCAUCGAUUAUUCUGACAUCGAAAACAAGUAUCAAGUCCAAUACGACGACGGAUUUGACAACCUUGUGGUCGUCGAUGGUGUACCCAUUAUCGACAAAUCAAAACAUGGGAAGCUCAUGGACAAAGUCGUUAAGGAAUUUGGAAAAAAGGGAGUUUCCAUCAAGCACGAUGAUAUCUUCAUGCCUUGGGACAGUGCUUCAGGAAAAAGCAAAGGGUUCAUGUUCAUAGAAUUCAGAAAUGAAGAUGAUGCCAGUCAUGCUAUUGCGGCCAUUGACAACCAUCCCUUCGAUGCCAAACAUACAUUUCGAGUCAACCGCUUCACGGAUAUUGAGCGAUAUGCCGACCUUGACGAAACCUAUGUUGAACCUCAAGUAGAGGAGUAUACGCCUCGGGAGCAUCUUCGCGCAUGGCUUGCUGAUCCUCAUGGCCGCGACCAGUAUGUCACCUACCGCGGAGACGAGGUUUUGAUUCAUUGGCACGGGAAGCCUUCUCAGUCAGAAGUUGCCUACAAACCGGACUGGAAGGAUUUCCUGUACGUGGCGUGGUCGCCGCUUGGAACAUAUGUUGCAACCCUUCAUCGUCAGGGUGUAAGAUUAUGGGGAGGUUCCUCUUGGAAAGCUCAACAGCGGUUUGCACAUCCUUUAGUAAAACUUAUCGAUUUCUCACCCUGCGAGCAAUACAUGGUUACUUGGUCUAACGAACCCAUCAUGGUCCCCGAAGGCGCCAUCCAAGGACCUCAAUAUUUUUCUCCUGACGAUGAAGGGAACAAUCUUGCUGUCUGGGAUAUCAAGUCUGGCGACCUUCUGCGAACCUUCUCCACAUACAAUGAGGGUGAUCCACCUGCCGUUAAGAAACAAAUGCAAUGGCCCGUGCUUAAAUGGAGCCCUGACGACAAAUACGUUGCUCGCAUUACACCCGGUCAAAUGAUUAGCGUUCACGAGCUCCCCAGUAUGUACCUUCAGGGAAAGAAGAGUUUGAAGAUUGAGGGGGUGGUCGACUUCGAAUGGUGUCCAUUGGGAGAAAAGGAUAAAGAGGAUAUCAUGGUCUCUGCUGUGCCAGGCGCAAAACCUACCAAAAAAGUUCGAGAAAACAAGUUAGUAUAUUGGACUCCAGAAGUAGCCAAUCAGCCUGCCCGUGUCACCCUUAUGGGCUUCCCAAGUCGCUCAAUACUUCGUCAGAAAAAUCUAUUCAACGUUACGGAGUGCAAGUUGUAUUGGCAAAACCAGGGAGAUUUCCUCUGUGUCAAAGUUGAUCGGCAUACCAAAACGAAAAAAUCGAUUUUCUGCAAUCUCGAAAUCUUCCGCAUGCGGGAAAAAGAUUACCCUGUUGAAGUUGUUGAGCUUAAAGACACUGUUAUGGACUUUUCUUGGGAACCCAAGGGCGAGCGAUUCGCCAUUGUUUCCAGUAAUGAUCCAAAUCUAGGCAAUCCCGGACCAGGUGUCACCAUCAAGACCGACGUCAGCUUUUAUCAACUCGAUCACGGCAAAAACGACUUCAGACUGCUUCGCACUUUGUCUUCACGAACCAGCAAUGCUAUCCGUUGGUCUCCUCGCGGACGACAUGUUGUUCUUGCUACUGUUGGUUCUUCUAGCAAGUCCGAAUUGGAAUUCUGGGAUCUCGAUUUCAACACCGAUGACCGAAAGGAAGGUCAAUCCGAUUGGGGUAGUGGUAUCCAACUGUUGGGAGUUGCGGACCACUAUGGUGUGACGGACGUCGAAUGGGAUCCCAGUGGGAGAUACCUUGCCACUAGCGCUAGUGCCUGGACUCAUACCCUCGAAAACGGAUACGCGAUUUGGGAUUUUCGCGGUCAGGAACUUGUAAAACAUAUUCAAGACCGCUUCAAACAAUUUAUCUGGCGUCCACGACCCCCCACCCUUCUGUCUAAAGAACAACAAAAAGCCAUCAGAAAGAACCUUCGAGAAUACAGUCGGGCUUUCGACGAAGAAGAUGCUGCAGAGGAAAGCAAUGUCAGCGCCGAGCUUAUUGCCCUUCGUAAACGCCUGGUCGAUGAGUGGAAUGCAUGGCGCACGCUUCGCAGGAAGGAGCUCGGAGAAGAGCGCCUUCAAAAGUUGCAGGGCAAAGAGGAUGCUAAAGAAGAGAUUGAAGUCUGGAUCGACGAAGUUAUUGAGCAAACAGAGGAGAUUGUUGUUGUGGAUUAG